AUGCAUGUUAGGGCUGCGCCUGGAGCCACUGCCCUGGCUUGGUACCGCCGUCCGCCCCGCCCGGCUCACCAUUUGGUCGACCUGAACUUCAGCCCUGCUUUGAAUAGCAUCAGCACGAGUUCCCUUCUCACCGCAAACAUUUCAGACCAAGACUUUUCAGUCUUCACCACGGAUUCCCAGUCAACAUGGCUUCCCAACUCAGCUUUCGCCCUGCCGGCACCAUCCGAGCACCUCUCCCUGAACCCCGUCGACAAUCCCCAGCAGGACUUUGUUCUGUUCGACAAUCAGCCUCGUCGUCAAUCUCAUAAUAGGAGCAACCAAUUACCUAGCCAACGUCGUCACUCUUGCCACUCUCGUCGCGAGAAGCACAUUUCCCCCGCAGUCCAGAACCAACGGGUGGCCCAGAUACUUCAGGCUAUUGGACAUCAAUCACAAUCUCCUGCUUUCGGCAAUCGUUUAUCGAAUCAGUUCUACGCAUCUUCUGCUCCUUCUUCGACAAUUUCAUUGAAUCGGUCUUCUCGCAGCACUCGACCGCCAGUCCCUUUGUUUAAUCAGAACGGUGGUAACCAAAUCCAAGCCGCCAAGAUGAUGAACGCUGCAGACGUCGAUUUGGACGACUUCACCGUCUUCGAAGGAGGUGCCUCCACGGCCUUCUCUUCUCCUGCUGUUGGUUCCAGCUUUGAUUUCAGCAGCGGCGCCUCGAGUGCCGCCUCGAAUCUUGGCACCGUCUCUCCUCAAGAUCUGCUUGUUCAGGAGCCCUUCAUGUCCGCUCCGAACUCGGCAGCCUUGACGGCCUUGACCUCUCCUUCGCUCUACAAUGACAGCCCUGACUUUGAUUCAUAUGAUGUUUCUCCCAACUUUGGCACUGCCGAAUUUGAUAACGGCCCCAGCGAUCCCUGGUUCCCUCUGUUCCCUGCUGAUGUGAGCGGCCCGGAACUUGCAAAUGCAAGCGCCUCGCCCUCUCAGACGCCUUUGGAAUCAGAGCCUAUGCGCCGAUCAUCAUCUUCCGGCAGUGGUAGCGGCAGCGGACGGAAGAAGUCGUCAGCCGACUCGCCUACGGGCAGCGCGCGACUCUCUUCCGUUGCUGGUGUUAACCCUCGUCGACGAGAAAAGCCCCUGCCGCCCAUCAUUGUUGAGGACAUGCAUGACACAAUUGCCAUGAAGCGAGCUCGUAACACUCUGGCCGCUCGAAAGUCGCGGGAACGCAAGGCCCAGCGAUUUGAAGAGCUAGAAGAGCGUAUCAUGAAGCUUGAGGCAGAGCGGGAUCACUGGAAGAGGAUUGCCCUGUCGCAAUCCGGGGUAUUGGAGUAA